AUGCUGAGCGGCGUCCUCUUGCUGAGCGUCCUCACGGUCACCAGCCUCUCAACGGAGAGCCGCAAAACUUCAGCCUCCAAAGAGAUCUGCAAGACCCGCUGCGCCUGUGAGGAGCGGGAGAACGUUCUGAACAUCAACUGUGAGAAUAAAGGAUUUACCUCCGUCAGUCAGUUCCAGGCGCCCCCGAAUAAAAUCUCUCAGCUUUUUCUCAAUGGAAACUUUCUGUCACGGCUUAGCGCCAAUGAGUUUGUCAAUUACGGCAAUGUCACCUCACUGCAUCUGGGGAAUAACGGCUUGCAGGAGAUCCGAACCGGAGCGUUCAACGGGCUGCGCUUCCUGAAGCGGCUCCACUUGAACAACAACAACCUGGAGGUGAUUAAAGAGGACUCCUUCACAGGACUGGAGAGUUUGGAGUAUUUACAGGCAGACUAUAAUUAUAUCAGCGCCAUAGAGCCGGGUGCUUUUAGUAAGCUGAAUAAGCUCAAAGUGUUGAUCCUAAAUGACAACCUGCUGUUGUCUUUGCCUCCCAACAUUUUCCGCUUCGUGCUCCUCACCCACUUGGAUUUACGUGGCAACCGGCUCAAGAUGCUGCCAUUUGCCGGAGUUUUAGAGCACAUAGGGGGCAUCAUGGAGAUCCAGCUGGAGGAGAACCCGUGGAAUUGCACCUGUGAUCUCAUUCCCCUCAAAUCCUGGUUGGACACUAUUUCUGUCUUCGUGGGGGACAUAGUGUGUGAGACGCCGUUCAGGCUGCAUGGUAAAGACAUCACGCAGCUCAUAAAGCAGGACCUGUGCCCACGCAGGAACGCUGGAGAACGCGUUCACCCCCCCUCCGACUCUCACUUUCAGGGGGCCCUGCCUCCGACCUACCAUCCCGGCAUGAUCACCCCCACCCGUGCCCCAAAAGCUUCCCGCCCGCCCAAAAUGCGCUACAGGCCCACCCCGCGCAUCACAAAGGACAAACAUGUCUUUGGGCCCAUAAUGGUUUACCAGACGCGCUCCCCUGUGCCCAUGUUAUGUCCCACUGUGUGCGUGUGCACAUCACAGAACCCUGACAGCGGAUUGAACAUCAAUUGCCAAGAGCGAAAGUUGCACAACAUCAGCGAGCUGAACCCCAAGCCCUCCUACCCAAAGAAGCUCCACCUGACCGGUAACUACUUACAAGUCAUUUACAGAACUGAUCUCACCGAGUACAGCUCACUGGAGCUGCUUCAUUUAGGAAAUAAUAGGAUAGCAGUGAUUCGGGAAGGUGCAUUCGAGAAUCUAACCAACCUCAGACGGCUCUAUCUGAAUGGGAAUUACAUUGAAUCACUUACUCAAUCGCUCUUUGCUGGCCUGCAGUCGCUCCAGUAUCUGUAUUUGGAAUAUAACAUCAUCAAAGACAUUUUACCACAAACAUUUAACGCUCUGCAUAACCUUCAGCUGCUCUUUCUGAACAACAACCUGUUAAGGUCGCUCCCCGACAAUGUUUUUGGGGGCACCAUGCUAACACGACUCAACUUGAGGAAUAACCAUUUCUCCUACCUCGCCGUUCGAGGGGUCCUAGACCAGCUGUCAGCGUUUAUCCAGAUCGACCUGCAGGAGAACCCCUGGGACUGCACCUGUGACAUUGUUGCACUCAAGAACUGGAUGGAGCUGUCCAGUACCAGCGUAGUGGUUAACGAAAUCACGUGUGAUUCCCCCUCUAAACAUGCAGGUCGCCUGCUGCGCUCACUUCGCAACGAGGCCAUCUGCCCCGAGCCCACCCCCACGAUAAUAAGCCCGGGCACCGAGGCCACCACACCUUCCUCGUCUUCUUUCAGCUCAAUCAGCCCCACUGAAUCCCGGAUCCACACUCCAGAGUUGCACCCCGAGGUCCCACUGUCAGUCCUGAUUCUCGGACUUCUUGUUGUUUUCAUCCUGUCGGUCUGCUUUGGAGCAGGCCUCUUUGUUUUUGUUCUGAAAAGGCGUAAAGGAGUGGAACAUGUCCCCACAGGCGCUAACAACUUAGAUCUCAACUCUUUCCAAGUGCAAUAUGGCUCCUACACUCCUGAACCGACCCAAGACAAAACCUCCGAAAGCCACGUUUAUAACUACAUUCCUCCACCUGUGGGCUCUAUGUGCCAAAACCCUAUUUACAUGCAGAAGGAUGGUGAACAGGUGGCAUAUUAUCGCAACCUGAAGGAGCUCAGUUUUGGGCCCCUGGACGCAAAGAAGGAUGUCCUCACCCGAAGCCCAGGGGCCUACACCAUCAGCACAAUGGAUUUUAUGGAUAAAUCUCCGACAUCAUGCGGUUUGAGCACCCCAGAGCCUCCUGAGAUGUUGUAUCAAAAUUUAGGGGAGAGGCCCCACAAAGAGCUUCCCACGGCUGCAGGCGCCCCUCCUUUCCAUUACAACUUUUGCACUUUACCUAAGAGACCUUGCAUCGUGCCCCCCUACGAGGCCGCCACAGCCCGGCGGCACAUCACCAACCAGGACAGGCUGAACAAAACGGUGCUGUACGGGACCCCGAGGAAGUACUACGGGGCUGACCACCCUUCAAAAACAAUGAGCACCCGCUUCUGCUCCCUGGGAAGCUAA